AUGGCGACUGCCAAUCACACGCGCUUCAAAAUAGUCAAGUGUAUCCUGCUUGGUGUUCAGGGCAUGGAAGAUGCUCACGCCUGGCUGUCCAUCCCCUUCUGCUCCAUGUUCAUCCUCGCCCUCCUGGGCAACGGUCUCCUUCUCUUCAUCGUCAUCAAGGAGCGCAGCCUCCACCAGCCCAUGUUCUUCUUCCUGGCCAUGUUGGCCUCUUCCGACCUUGUGCUCUCCACCACCACCAUGCCCAAAACCCUCAGCAUCUUCUGGUUCAGUGACAAGGAGAUUGCCUUCGAGGCCUGCGUCACUCAGAUGUUCAUCAUCCACUUCCUUUUCGUAGCCGAGUCGGCCAUCUUGCUAGCUAUGGCAUACGACCGGUACGUUGCCAUCUGCAACCCGCUGCAGUACAGCACUCUGCUGACCCACUCGUGGAUAGUGAAGAUUGGCGUGGCGGCCGCAGUCCGAGCUUUCUUUCUGAUGGCUCCUGUCACCUUCCUCCUGCUGAGGUUGCCUUUCUGUGGUCCCAAUGUCAUCUCCCACACGUUUUGCGAGCACAUUGGAAUCGUCCGGCUGGCCUGCGCAGACAUUACGCUCAACAUCUGGUUUGGCCUAACACUGAUUCUCUUAACCACUGGAGUAGAUACCAUUUUCAUUGCCAUCUCCUAUGUACUGAUCCUGCGCACCGUCUUCCGGCUCCCGUCCAACGACGCUCGGGCCAAAGCACUGGGCACCUGUGGCUCUCACCUGUGUGUCAUUUUGAUGUUUUAUGUCCCGGCCUUUUUCUCAAUCUUUGUCUACAGAUUUGCUGUGAACAGCAUCCCCCGCCCGGUCCACAUCCUGCUGGCUAACCUCUUUGCCAUCGUGCCCCCCAUGCUAAACCCCAUUGUCUAUGGGGUGAAAAACAGGCAGCUUCGGGAUCGGGUGGCGUUAGUGUUUCUGCCGGCUAGGAAAUAA